AUGUUCUUGCGGCGCGUGCGCCAGUGCAGUUCACGGGCUCGCUGGGUCCGGUGGGACGGCAUAAAAGCUCCUUCAAUAUUGAAUCAUGGUGCGGAUCACAAUGAUCCGCUAAAUGCUGUCUUCGACGAGAUCGAAAACUGCGACACAUCCGUCCAUGCGGAGAAGCGCGAGUCAUCAAAAAUGGCUGAGUCCAGUGGCACGCCAACCACCCCAUCUAAUACCGUCCCAUCAGCUUCAGACACAAAAGUGAGGCUUGAAGAGGCAAAGCAUAAACGGCUACGUCGUCAGCUGAGGGACGCCACUGAAGAGCUUGACGCUCUACUGAACGAAAGCAGCCGGACGACAGCCGCUGUUUCGAGCGCCAAGUAUGUACCUGCAAGGGCAGGGAAGACGUUCUUGUCCUCGGCUGAAUUGAUUCAGGAAAAGUCGCCUCAAGAAUUUGUAGCGCUGGAAAACAGCAAAGCAGAGCUGGAUCGCCUGCCGGUGCUGCGCCACUCAGGGUGCUCCGCAGUAGUGACAUUAGUGGGAGUUGUCACUGAGCCACCAACAAGCGUCAGCGUAGCGCUUCCGGGAGUGAAUGAGGCGACUAACUGUGUCGAGUUUGCUGUUCGGUACGAUGUUCCGUUUUUCCAGAUGCAAACAUCCAUGUGGAUAGCGAUUCGGACAGUUGGAGCAUCACUGUCUGCGUUUGCGAAGGAGAGCGUUGGCGUGGGGGAUGUUGUUCAUCUUUUAGGUCAUUUGGUUCCGCUGACAGAACCUAACAGCAAAGGCCACUUGUGCUGUGUUUACGUACUUCCGGCUGGGGGCAACAUGUCUGUACUUUUGAAAGCCACGCCAUAG